CGCAUUGCAACCUCUUUCUAGAAUCAAUACUUCGUAUUUGUCCUGAAUCGAGAUCUCGCCAGAUAGAAACCGUAUCCGAUUCAACUUAACUUUUGGACUACAUCAGCCGCUGACGUACCCCUAGUUGCAUAGGAGCCCAGCCUCUGAUUGUGUAACUCUAUUACUGCUGCUCACUCACCAAUACGGAGUUACGCUCGAAACUCCGCCAUAAUUAUAGUGAACCAAAGAACCUGCGGGAUCGACUGCAAAUCAUGAGUAUUGGGUGUCAAGACAGCUGAAACGUGUACAAUCUCCAACUCUCCCACGGAAUCAUGGCACCCGCGAGCCAACGUUUCGCCAACCAUCCCGGUGCAAAGGAGGCACCGGCCUCGGCGCUGGAGUAUCACCAUGACAGAGACGAGAACCCAGUGCUUCGUGGACUGCCUCUUGCGGUAGCCUCUACUCUAGUCGAAAGAUCAGGAUGGGUCCAGAAACUUAUCUGGAAAAACGCCAAAUUCGGCCAGGCCACUCCUGGUCUGGAGGGCGUGGCAUGGAGGAUACUGCCCAACGUAAUUUCCCUGGGAGACGGUGUCUCGCCAGCUGGCAUGCUUGAACUCGGCCCAGAGCUCCACCAACCCCAGCCCGCAGACCUACCAGGCCGGUUCUACUCAGCCGCCGAUUACCAUGGGCUCUACAAGUCCGGGGAGGUCACACCUCUGCAGGUGGCUGAGGCGCUACUGCCAUUGAUCAGGCGAGAUGUCCGGCCGCAGUCCAAGUAUGCUGUCGCUUGGACCCAAUGCAAUGUCGACGAAGUGCUGGCUUCGGCGAAGGCGUCGACUGACCGGUGGGCUGCUGGGAAGCCGCUCGGCAUUCUGGAUGGGGUGCCAUUUGGCGUGAAGGACGAUAUUGACGUGAAGGGAUUUGUUUCGACUAUGGGUAUGAAAGUGGACAAGUCGGAGGGCUAUUUCAACAAGCCCAGCACGAAGACUGCUUCGCCGGUGCAGAGGCUUGAAGAAGCCGGGGCGAUCAUGAUGGGAAAGCUGAACCAGCAUGAGCUCGGCAUGGACACCACUGGUUGCAACCCAUCCACAGGCACCCCUACCAACUGGUACAACAAGUCAUACUACCCAGGGGGGUCCUCGUCAGGCGCAGGGUCUGCGCUCAGCGGUGGUCUGGUGCCUAUAACGGUUGGAACCGAUGCGGGCGGCAGCAUCCGAAUCCCGGCAUCGUUCUGUGGCGUGUACGGUCUGAAGCCGACGUACAAUAGAACCUGUCAGAUGAGCUCGUCGAUGGUCGUGAUGGGGCCGAUAGCUUCAACCGUCGCAGACCUGACGACUGCAUACCGGCUCAUGUCGCAGCCCAACGCUGACGACCCACCCCAGAACCUCUUCGCUGUGUCCACGCCGCCUGACCCGUCGGCCAAGAAGUACCUCGGCAUCUGCCGCGAAUGGAUAGCCACGGCGUCGGCCGACGUCAUUAGCGUUUUUGAUCAGGCCGUCGCCCAUCUCAUCAGCCAUCUCGGCUACGAAGUAGUCGACAUCAAGCUCCCCUUCCUCCGCGAGGGCCACAUCGCGCACGCAGGAACCUGCCUCACCGAAGCCGCCGCCGACGCCCGCGCCCGCGCCAGCAACCCGUCCCGAUACCUCAAGCUGCUCAACUACCCGAACCGCAUCCUCGUCGCCACCGGCACGCAGACAGCGGCUGGGGAUUACCUCCGCUACGGCCAGAUCCGCCAGGUCAUCAUGCAGCAUCUGGCCUUCCUCUUCGAGAAGUACCCGGGCCUGUUGGUCGUCACGCCGACGUCGCCCAUGGCCGGGUGGCCGAUCCGGCCCGGUGACGAGACGUUUGGGUUCUGCGACGGCAACCUGACAAUGGAUAACAUGAGGUUUGUGUGGUACGCCAACACGAGCGGGUGUCCCGCGGUGGCGUGUCCGGCGGGCUAUGUCGAUCCGGCGCAGGGCGAGGGUAAGUUGCCGGUGGGAUUGAUGGCUAUGGCUGAGUGGGGGGCCGAGGAACAGCUGUUGGGGUUUGCGAGGCACGUCGAGGGGUAUUUGAACGAGGUGUAUCCUGGCGGACGGCAGAGGUCGAAGGAGUGGGCGGAUGUGAUUGCGCUGGCAAGGCAGAGGAGUUGGGCAGGGGCGAAGCAGUGAAGAGUGGCGUUUGUAUGCGACAAGCUGUACUAGUAGUUACAGGAGGUUGCAUGGGGAGGCAUAGAAGAGCAACUACCACUCCCGGUUCCAUCCUGCCGUAAAUAAUUUGAGCCAGAUGUUCAUGAACCGUCAGGCAGUCAAGGGGCAGUCAUCCAUGCUUUCUCAUAUCACACUACUAGCUAGUAUGUAUCUGAGUCUCUGAGAUGCCUGGCACCGGAUUGCGCAUCGAAUCACCGCUCCACAGAAGGAGAGUGCAAGACUGCGCACAGACCUCCAGCGUGCAAAUCAGACCACCUGCGCAAAACCCCCCAGUUUCCCGCUAGAACGUAACAAUUCUCC